GAGUGAGUGAGUGAAAAAAAACAAAAAGAAGAGGAGGAGGCCAGCCAGAGGAAGUAGCAGGGGGAGAGAGGCAUGAGGGGACUGUUCUUCUGUAUACUUACUCUGCUCAUCCUGGGGACUGUCCUGACUGCAUUCGUCUGGAACUUCUUCAGCGACCGCACAAAUGUCCAUCCUGGCAGCCCCCCCCACAAAGCUCCUAUUAGGAAAUCUGUGCCAGACCCCUCUGGAACAUGCAAGGGCUGCAGGGAUACAGUCACUGAAAAAGUGGUGGAGCGCUACUCUCACAGCUGGAGGAAGCAGGAGGACAAUUUCACAAAGUUCAGGUCUCUUCUGCGUGACAAAUGUCAUGGAGUCACCAAGGCUAUGGUGACGCAGGCCAACACUCCUCUGGGGUCAAAGGUUGUGUACGAUGGAGAGAAGAGGAAGCCUCUUCAGGUGACCCCUGAACUGUUCAGCACUUUCGCUAAGGAGAAUCCUUUUGUGAAUACGACAUGGGAUACGUGUUCUGUUGUUGGGAAUGGGGGAAUCCUAGCUAACAGCAGCUGUGGAGAGAAUAUCGACUCUGCACAGUUUGUUAUCAGGUGUAACCUCCCUCCUCUGGAAAAUGGCUAUAAGAGAGACGUGGGCAACAAGACCGACCUGGUGACAGCUAAUCCCAGCAUCCUCAUAGAGAAAUAUGGGGGCCUGCAGGGGCGUCGUCGGCCCUUCGUGGAGAGCCUGCGUAGCUAUGGCGACUCCCUGAUGCUCCUGCCAGCCUUCUCGUACGGCCACAACACGCCCGUGUCUCUGCGGGCCCUCUACACCAUCCAGGACUUUGACAGCCCCUCGCGGCCCGUCUUCUUCAACCCAGAGUACCUCCAGAGUCUGGCUGUCUUCUGGCGGGGCCAGGGCCUGCAGACGGUACGCCUCAGCACAGGACUCAUCGUGGCUAGCCUGGCGCUGGAGCUGUGUGCCAACGUGCAUCUCUACGGGUUCUGGCCCUUUAAUCAACACCCCCACAGACACCAGCCCCUCACCAACCACUACUACGACAACAGGCAGAGUAAGAAGACGGUGCACUCCAUGCCCGCUGAGUUUGACCACCUGCUGAGGCUCCACAGCCAGGGUGUGCUCAGGAUACACCUGGGAGAGUGUGUGCCCGCUGCCAGUCCUGGAUGUAGCACAGAGAUGGCCUGGGCCCCAGCCUCAUUCUCGGGCCUCAGUCUCCAGGCUGGCUCUCUGGGUAGUGCCAUGGCCACACUGGCACAACGCAAGACAACCUCCCAGACCCAGAAGCCUUGGGCUGGGCCUGACACCAAUGUCUUUGGACCCUCAGGACUGGGGCAGGGUGCCACUGAAGACCCCACACAGGGUUCAGACUCAGAGCAGAGGACAAAACAGAGGAGGGGGAACAGAAUGUGACCAGGGAAGUGAUGACACCCAUAAACAUUUCUGGGGAGUCUCCUUUCAAAAAUGGUUUCCAUGGUUACCAGCUCACACAGGUCAAAGCGUUAUAAUUAAGCAAUAAGGCCAGAGGAGGUGUGGUAUAUGGCCAAUAUACCACGGCUAAGGGCUGUUCUUUAGCAC